AUGGUAUUUACUUCGAAUGGGAUUAGACCUCAACAGAUUUUGCAGAUCAUUGCCGUUUUAAACCAGUCUCUGUCUUCAGAUGUAUUCAACACAUUCAAUAAAGCUUAUGCUCUCCAGUUGGACAGGUGGUUACGUGAAGAUGUGAAUAAUAAAACCAGCCGGGAACAUGAAGUUGUUUCUUCAUAUAUGCCAACACGUGUAUGUAUUUGCAUGAAUUCUAUAUCACAUGAAAUCUCUGUACAUUCCAAGGAGGCUUUUUGCGUUAACUUGUCUGCUAUAAUCUAUUAUGGUAAUGUGGAUAUCUGUGGGUGGAUUGACUCCCUUCGAGGUUUGUAUGUUCAGUCAAUUUCACAUUGGGCUCCAGCUAAUAUUGGACCGUAUAGUCAAGCAAUAGCUGUCCCCUUGUCCUUUGUUCAAUCAGAUGAUUGUUCAUCUCCUUCAAGUACAGAGUACUUCACAUUCUACUCUGGUCAGAUUGGUCUAAUUCCUGAACUGGAAAUGCUUCCAUCCCAAAAUGAUCAUUUUAUGAUUAGUUUUUUAAUCCUAGGAAGACAGUGGGCAAGUUGCUGA